CAGGCCAACGAUGCCUGCAAGUGCAAUGGCUGGAAGAACCCCAACCCCCCCACAGCCCCCCGAAUGGACCUGCAGCAGCCAGUGACCAACCUGAGCGAACCCUGCCGGAGCUGUGGCCAUGCUCUGGCUGACCAUGUGUCCCACCUGGAGAACGUCUCAGAGGAGGAGAUCAACCGUCUGCUGGGCAUGGUGGUGGAUGUGGAGAACCUCUUCAUGUCAGUACACAAGGAGGAGGAUACAGACACCAAGCAGGUGUAUUUCUACCUGUUCAAGCUGCUGAGGAAGUGCAUCCUGCAGAUGAGCCAGCCUGUGGUUGAGGGGUCCCUGGGGAGCCCUCCCUUUGAGAAACCCAACAUUGAGCAGGGAGUCCUGAAUUUUGUGCAGUACAAGUUCAGCCACUUGCCACCCAAGGAGCGCCAGACCAUGUAUGAGCUCUCCAAGAUGUUCCUGCUGUGCCUCAACUACUGGAAGCUGGAGACACCGUCCCAGUUCCGUCAGCGCUCCCAGAAUGAUGAUGUGGCCACCUACAAGGUCAACUACACCAGGUGGCUGUGCUACUGCCAUGUGCCCCAGAGCUGUGACAGCCUGCCCCGCUAUGAGACCACGCACGUGUUUGGGCGCAGCCUCCUCAAGUCCAUCUUCACGGUGACGCGCCGGCAGCUGCUGGAGAAAUUCCGCGUGGAGAAGGACAAACUGGUGCCAGAGAAACGGACCCUGAUCCUCACCCACUUCCCCAAGUUCCUCUCCAUGCUGGAGGAGGAGAUCUACGGUGAGAACUCUCCCAUCUGGGAGGCUGAUUUCACUGUGCCAGCUGCAGAGGGUGCCCAGCUGGUGUCUCGCCCAGCUGCAGUCAGCACCGUUGCUGUGCCCACCACUCCUCUCUUCAGCAAGAAGCUCAGCAGCAGCAGCUCAGCCACCAGCCUGGACACCAGCACCCCAGAGCCUCUGCCAGGAGAGAAGAGGAAGCUCCCUGAGAGCCUGACCCUGGAGGAUGCCAAGAGGAUCCGUGUCAUGGGAGACAUCCCCAUGGAGCUGGUGAACGAGGUCAUGCUGACCAUCACAGACCCUGCUGCCAUGCUGGGCCCUGAGACCAGCCUGCUGUCGGCCAACGCGGCGCGGGACGAGACGGCGCGGCUGGAGGAGCGGCGCGGCAUCAUCGAGUUCCACGUCAUCGGCAACUCCCUGUCCCAGAAAUCCAACAAGAAGAUCCUGAUGUGGCUGGUGGGGCUGCAGAACGUCUUCUCCCACCAGCUGCCCCGCAUGCCCAAGGAGUACAUCACCCGCCUCGUCUUUGACCCGAAGCACAAGACCCUGGCACUGAUCAAGGAUGGACGAGUGAUUGGGGGCAUCUGCUUCCGUAUGUUCCCUACCCAAGGCUUCACGGAGAUUGUCUUCUGUGCUGUCACCUCCAAUGAGCAAGUGAAGGGCUAUGGGACACACCUGAUGAACCACCUGAAGGAGUACCACAUCAAGCACAACAUCCUCUACUUCCUCACCUAUGCAGACGAGUAUGCCAUUGGCUACUUCAAAAAGCAGGGCUUCUCCAAGGACAUCAAGGUCCCCAAGAGCCGCUACCUGGGGUACAUCAAGGACUACGAGGGGGCGACCCUGAUGGAGUGUGAGCUGAACCCCCGCAUCCCCUACACCGAGCUGUCACACAUCAUCAAGAAGCAGAAGGAGAUCAUCAAGAAGCUGAUUGAGAGGAAACAGGCUCAGAUCCGCAAGGUCUACCCAGGCCUGACCUGCUUCAAGGAGGGUGUGAGGCAGAUCCCCAUCGAGAGCGUCCCUGGCAUCCGAGAAACAGGAUGGAAACCACUGGGGAAGGAGAAGGGGAAGGAGCUGAAGGACCCAGACCAGCUCUACAACAUGCUGAAGAACCUCCUGGCCCAGAUCAAGACCCACCCCAGUGCGUGGCCCUUCAUGGAGCCAGUGAAGAAGUCAGAGGCACCAGACUACUAUGAAAUCAUCCGCUUCCCCAUUGACCUGAAGACCAUGACGGAGAGGCUGAAGAACCGCUACUACGUGACCAAGAAGCUCUUCAUCGCCGACCUGCAGCGCAUCAUCACCAACUGCCGCGAGUACAACCCGCCCGACAGCGACUACUGCAAGUGUGCCAACACCCUCGAGAAGUUCUUCUACUUCAAGCUCAAGGAGGGAGGGCUCAUCGAUAAGUAGAAGGGGCUGGCCUGGAUCUGCUGUGGCCUCCCAGUGGGAGGGACAGGGCUCCUGUGGGAUCCAGCCCCACUGUUUGUGUUGGUAGGAGCUGCUGGAGGGAUUGGUGCUGCUGAGCAGCCUGGGGAGCUGGGCUUUCCUUCUUGGGGAGCCACAGGGGCUUGGGGGGCUGGUGCUUUUAUCCCUGAGGUGCUCUGGCUGCCUCUCCUAGGGAAUGGGGGUGAGGCUGGAGCUGCCCCAUCAGGAUCUGCCCAGGGCAGGGACAGCACUGAGCUCCCGCCUCUGCCUGGGGAGGGGGAGCCCCCUGAGCCCUGUGCAUCCCCCUUACCUGGGAUCGUGCCUUCUGCCCUGACUCCCUGUGACAGGGCAGGGGCGCACAAGUGCUUUGGUUUCUGCUCCGUCCACGUGCGGGCAGCCCCUGCCGCUCACACUGAAUGUAGGCGGGCUCAGCCCUGCUCUGUCCGCGGUGCUGCUCCUGGGCCGGGGUCCUGCUGGGCAGGGGGCUCUGCCCUGCUCACCCAGCUCCUGCUGCCUCUGUCAGCCCUUCCCUCCCCUCCCGGGGCAGGUCUGCCUUCCCUGCCUGUCCAUCCUCGCUGCCAGCUGG